CCGCGUACAUUGUUCUAAUCCGUUGAUUCGGUUGCUAGUGCUAACAUCUAUGCAAACACUUGUUAUUGUAGUUGUUUUAUUUUAAAUACAUAUUUAAAAUACCCGACAUGUAUGCUGGGCACAGGGGACUAACAGCCGGAACUCCGAGAUACGGCAUAUUGAUCCUGGUUUUUUGGCUGAACUAUGCAGAAUGUUCUCUGUCAUGCUUUGAUAAGGGCAAUGUGAGACCGUAUAACCCGACCUCUCAACUCUGUUGUAAUGGCAUCUACCCAAGAGUGGAGAAUGGCAGCGAUAUAGGUUGCUGUAACGGGAGGCGGUAUCCAAUUAAUUCGCAAAGCUGUUGUGGUGGCACAAUCUAUACGCAAGAUAGUAGUCUCCUAUGCUGUGGAAAUCAGCUGCAUGACAACGCACAUCUAGUCUGCUGUAACGGUACUGUGUACUACCCGGGCAAAGGUAUUUGCUGCGAGGAUAAGUUCUUUGUACGAACUGGACACAAUCCGCAGGUAUGCGUGAAUGGAGUGGCUGUGGACAAAAAGUCCUCGCAGACAAGAAAAUUAGGGACCUCUAUUGUGAAUACCACAACAAACGCACCAGAAGAUGUGCAAUCGGAGAUCUUGUACUGCGGCAACGUUUCGUAUCCAAAGAAAAGUGACAAAUACCGAUAUGAGUGUUGUGACGGGACGCUCAAUUAUUUUCCGCACAUACACAAUAAUGCGGACUACUGGAUGCUGUGCUGUGGGAGGGAAAUAUACAACACCUCAAGAGGCAUCUGUUGUAAUGGUCAUCUGAUCGACUCCGAAGUGCAACCGAUAGGCUGCUGUAACAACAAAGACAACUACACUACUACAUCGCAUAUCUGCUGUGAUAGUAAAGUGGCGGAGAAAAGGACGAAUCUUUGCGCAAAACUGACUUCUAGCAAGAAUACUUUAGUAGAGAAAGAUGAUGUCAACCAUGAUAUGGUCUGUUUUGACAAAUCAAAAAGGAAAUUCAGGACAUUGAAUUCCAAAACGGAUAAAUGCGACAAUCAAGAUAUGGAAAAAAUCGUGGAAGAAAUUAAAAAAAUUAACAAAUCUAAAACGCUUAAUGCGAAGCCGCAAACUAGAAUAUUGCCGCCUAAAUGCCCUUCGUGCUUUACUGGAAACAUCAGCGGACCUGCGGAGUGCAGGAGGAAAAACCAAUUAAAUGUCCGCAUCACAAAGAUUGAAAAGCGGAAACGCGACAGAUUAUGGCUGCAUGUCAAACUGAUCGACUCCGGAAUUAACACAGGCAGGAAAAUGGUACUCAGGACACGUCGCGUUUGUCGGAAGUGUUUUAAAAGAGGCGUGACCUAUGUUAUAUUCACAAACCGAUGGCUGAAUUCGUUUCCAGAAACGUUGCGACUUAAUGGAAUGGAUGUGAUUGUUCAGAAAAAUCAACUUUCAUCUUUUAACUGCACGGUCGAUCGUUGGGCAAAAACAUUGUGAUGCUUGUGUUUUUAGUUCAUAUCCAAUCAGUAACGAUCUCUCGGUAAUAUGUUAACAUCUGAAAUAGUUAAAUGAUAUUAAUUACAAUACGUUUUCAUUGAAAUUUCAUCAAACUUAUUUUACUUUAUAGGGCAAUAUUAAAAUGGACACUUCAUGUUUUAUAGGGCAAACACACACACCUUUAUUAGAUAUCAUAAGCAUUAUUAUAUAUCAUAAGCAUUCUACGUGUUUGAUUUACUUUUUGUUUGCUCACAUUAAUACGGGUGAACAUUGUAAAUAAGUCGAUAUAGCUUUUAUCACUGGCAUUGAGAUGGAAUGUUCCGUCCAUAACAUAGGGCUAAUCUCUUAACAUUAUCAAGAACAUAUUCAAAUCACGAAAGUUUAAUUUCAAUGCAAUUUAAUAUACUGUGAAAUAAUUAUUAGCAAGUUUUAAGUCUUAAAUGCAUGAAAUCAUGUAGCACCGAUCACACUGUUUUCAUUUAUAGCCUCAUAAAAUGUACAUAAGAGGAUCAUUAAAUGACUGUCAUUAUCGCCAGAAACAGGUAUCACACUAUAGACAAUUGCCCUUAUUGUCUUCACUGUUUGUAUAUUUAUAUCAGUUUGUCAAAUAUUUAUAAUUAUAUAUAGAAAUCAGGAAUUUUAAAGCUGUAACCCAUAAAUGAAUUCUACAGACUAAGGUUUCCACCUGUCAAGCACAAAUAGUGUCAACAGCACUACCGUCGUCCUUUCUGCUCUCAGCCAUGAGUUACAUGCUUUGUGUUGUGCGAUUUAUCUUGACGUUUGAGUGUUCACGUAAUACAUUAUUAAAUCCAAGCAUUGGUAUGUAUACUUAUUGGAUUCAGAUUUUAAACAUGAAUAUUUUUUAAAGACUUAGAAGAUAGACGUUCUGGUCAGUAGUAGCGAUUUCGAAAUAAAUCGUUGAUCUUAUUAGAACGUGAUAACAUGAUAAAUAUGUGGAUAAAUAUAUUGGAGACAGUAAUCGGUCAAAGUUGACAAAAACGCUUGAAAGGUAAAAGUUUCACAGGGUUGCCUUUUGACAUUAAUUGAUGUCUAUGUACAUUAAACACACAGUGGUCAAGUCAGGAUAAAAUACCGUUCUGUGUAAUGCGAUUAGACAUUUUAAGAUGUAUUAUGUACAGAUGAAAAUUAUAUGUUUAAUAUAAUGUACAUGUGUUGAACAUAAAAAAUGUAGCUGUUCAUGUUAUGUCUUUUCAUUAUUUUUUUGACAAUUUUAGAUUGAAUUGCGUUCAACUGUAUUUUCAUUUUUGUCAUUAUUAUUAUUAUUAUUAUUAUUAUUAUUAUUAUUAUUAUUAUUAUUAUUAUUAUUAUUAUUUGUCGUUAUUGAUAAAGGAACAUGUGCUACUUCCAUUUAGUGCUUUUUGAUGAAGCAUAAAUAUAUAUGCAUUAUGCAUUAUGAUUAAAAAAAAUAUUAAUGUAUAUUGUAUGCAAUUGUUUGAUUGGUUUGCGAUGUGUCUAUAAGUGGUAUAUGUUGCAUUUAAAUUGAGAUAUAUUAGAUAUGUUCAUUUGCUUUUGAUAUUACUCUUUAAACUUGUCCAAUUCCUUUUAUGUUAGGUGUUUGUACUUAGAAAUAAAAACCUUAAAUUAUUGUAAAACCGAGAAGAUAAUAUAUCCAUGCAUGUUAAUCUAACAUGUGUUCUAAACUGACAAACGGCCACACAUGUUUAUAUGACUGCAGUGUAUAAUUGUUCGCUUCAUGAAUUGUUUCUUCUAUUUUCUCAUUAAUACCAACCUAUUUAAUGUUUGUUUAAUGUAGGGAUUGAAUUGAGAGAGCGACCGUACGCGUAACUGCUGGCGUUAGCAUAAACUAGUAGAUAUGGCCUCGUUAAAUCACAUUAUAGAAAUAUAUUAUUUAAAACUAUUUUAACACACUCAAGAAGUUCGAACAAAAAUCCUCAAAAUAACAUAUAUAUUGCAUUUAUAUUUACCAAACUACAUUAGGGCAUACAAUAUUGUGAAUGCUACAAAGAAACAGAUAGCGCGUUACUUGAGGCGCGAAAGUAAGGUGGUUAUUGCUUUGCUGCUAUAUACCUGCAUACAGAUGAUAAUUGUGAUUUAAUUAAAGGGAUCUUUUCACGCUUUGGUAAAUUGACAAAAUUGAAAAAAGUUGUUUCAGAUUCGCAAAUUUUCGUUUUAGUUAUGAUAUUUGUGAGGAAACAGUAAUACUGAACAUUUACCAUGGUCUAAUAUAGCCAUUAUAUGCAUCUUUUGACGAUUUUAAAACGUAAAAAUUAUAAAGCGUUGCAACGCGAAACGAUUGAAUAAUUUGGAGAGUUCUGUUUUUGUCGUUAAAUUUUGUGAAACUACGAAGAUUGCUUAUAUAACGUAUAAAAUACGUCAAGUAUGUGUACUCGGCGGAAUAGCUCAGUAGGCUAAAGCGUUUUUACUUCAAGACUCUGGCAGGACUCCAGGUGUCACUGGUUCGAAACCUGCCCCGGGCAAUGUUCUUUUCCUUUUUUUAAUUUUAUUCUUGAUUUUUUACUGAAGCCUUUACGAUCCAAUGUUUACAUUUAUCAAUAUAAAGCAUUUAAUGAAUGAAUUAAAAAAUGCCAAAAUCUGUGAAAAGGCCCCUUUAAAACCUAACUACAUACCAGACAGGUAAUAUUUACCAGCACUUCACACAUUAAUUUAAUAUUACCUGUCUGGUAUGUAGUAAAUGUGCUUUUUUAUGAAAUACAGAACGCCAUUACAAAAACCUGAACAGAAAUCUUGAUUAGUAAAUCCGGUACAUAAGUCUUAUAUAACAUAUAGAAUUAUUGAGUUUAUCCGAUAAUAUUGCCAUUUUAUAGUUGAAUGAUGCCGGCUGUACAGUGAGUGCAGAACAUGUAUAAGAAUACCAAUAUAUCUUAAAAUGUUCAACUUCAUCGUUUUAUAAUAACAAUCAAACUCAAAGUGGACUUUUGUAUAACAAAACAUUUAUUACUCUGAAUUUUCAAUGCCGUUAGUUGUAAUUAUAUUUAAAUCUGAUCAA